AGAGGUGCUUUCAUUGUGUUUGAGGGCAUGGACCGCGCCGGCAAGACGACACAGGCCAAGCUACUGCAGCAGCGGUGCAUCGAGGAGGGCAAGGACGUACGGUUCAUGAGAUUCCCGGAUAGGACGACGCCUAUCGGCCAGAUGAUCGACGCGUACCUCAAGGGCCAGACGGAAAUCGAGGAUCACGUUAUCCACUUGCUGUUCAGCGCGAACCGGUGGGAGGCUCUCAAAUCUAUCCACGCCGCCUUGGCUAGCGGACAGACGAUCAUUUGUGACCGCUACUAUCACAGUGGCAUUGUAUACAGCGCCGCAAAGCAAAACCCGUCGCUUCAUCUCUCCUGGGCAAAGGCCCCCGAGGUGGGACUUCCGCGUCCGGACCUGGUCUUGUUCCUCGACCUCGAGGAGAAGGUCGCCCGCGAGCGCGGAGGAUGGGGUGGCGAGGUCUACGAGAGGGGUGAGAUGCAGCGCAGAGUCCGCGAGCUAUUCUGGGGCUUGAGC